UCCUGGUCUUUAAACUCUCUCUCUCUCUCUCUCUCUCUCCCUUUCUCAUGUCUUCCAAUUGUUUCAAUGCUUGAUAAGCAUUUGAGAAAGAGAGGGAGUGAUGGGUAGGUCUCCAUGUUGUUCAAAAGUUGGGUUGCAUAAAGGUCCAUGGACUUCAAGAGAAGACACAUUGCUUGUAAACUACAUUCAAGCUCAUGAUGAAGGUCACUGGAGAUCACUUCCCAUGAAAGCUGGGCUACUUAGGUGUGGAAAGAGUUGCAGGCUGAGAUGGAUGAACUAUCUAAGACCAGAUAUUAAAAGAGGAAAUAUAUCCCCAGAUGAAGACGAUCUCAUCAUCAGAUUACAUUCUCUUCUCGGCAAUCGUUGGUCUCUCAUUGCCGGAAGGCUCCCGGGUCGAACUGAUAACGAGAUUAAAAACUACUGGAACACCAAUCUGAGCAAAAGACUCCUAAGCCAAGGAAUCGACCCCAAUACCCACCAGACACUACCAAAGCCAGUAGUUCAACAAGUGAAGAAGAAAAACAACAACAGAGGCAGCAAUAACAAGCAGAACCCGAAGAAGGCAAAUGCAACACAUGAGCCUGCAGUGAUACCCAAACUCCAUCUCCCAAAACCAAGUAGGAUAACUACAGCUUUUUUACCCAGAAACGACAGCUUCGACCAAUGUACUAGGUUUAGCACAGUGUCUUCGAGCCAACGAGGGGAAGGGGCUUUAGAUACCGAAGCUAUAAAAUGCCCUUGGUCAGAAUAUGUCAACGAUGGUGAAAACGGGACUGGGCUGCUUUCAGAUUUGGAGUGCCACUCUGGUUUACCAGCAAGUGGAGACAAGAAUUCUCUAGAGAAGCUUUACGAAGAGUAUCUGCAGCUUUUGAGGACAGACGAAGAUCAACUGCAGUUGGAUGAUUUCGCUGAAUCAUUUCUCAUCUGAUAGAAAUUAAUCAUGCCUGCAGGUGGAAUGAGAUUUUCUCCCAAUAAAGUUAGAUGAAAUGAGGCUUAGCUUUUACCGGCUUACUUUCUAGCCCUCCAGUAGUGGCCUUCCGAAUAAAUUUAUAUAUAAACUGUGAAUUGUGUAAUUUCUGUAAUAUGAUAUGGACGCCUUCGCUCGGUAAGGUUCAAAUUUCAGGAGAUCAGAUAAUAAA